ACUUUUUCUGCAAUGCACGGCCGGGGUUGUCCCGCGCUCGUUUGACGCCGAGGCGCGCAGAGUUGGCUGGUGGCCGCGCGUGCUUCGCGUGCGAGGACCUUGCUCCACGAGGGGGCCGCACCGCUUUUCUUUUUUUUUUUUUGAGGGAGCGCGCCCGGGGCUGGGUUUGCGAGUGGCAGGCGGGGGCGCGGCGGCGAAGAGGGGGUCGCCUCGGUCGCCGGAGCUCGCGUGCGACGGGCGAAAAGGGGUUGCCGUCAAGAGAGCUGAGCGCACCCUCCGGAGAAAAAAUCAUCAAGUGAGCCAGAUUUGCGUUUUAUCUUGGGUUCUCCGCGGCGGAGCCCGUAUUGAAUUACGGGAGCCGGCAGACGCGUAGAGUGUGGUUCUCAGUCCGGCUGGUCGGAUGGAUCGACUUUGAAGUGCGAUUUCGAGAAGGGAGUGGAUAUGGCACGAGAUAGCUCAUGAAUUUAAGAAACGGGAAUCCCCCGAAGAUUCGCGGAACGGGGGUGGUUCAGUUUUGUUUGGGAACGAAUCUGAGUGUAUUCUACCAGUGACAGUGAUUGAGACACAAGCUCGCAUCGAGGAGUUAACGUGGUUUUUCGGAGCAAUGAAUUCGGCAACGUAUCGUUUCAAGAGCGCGAUUUGCGGGAGCGGCUCGUUCGACGAGAGCCAGUUGAUGGAAGCGUGCGAUAUAUUGAAUCAGACCGAAGUGCCGGACGCAUACGAGCAACUGAUAGACUAUGCGAGGCAUCAGUUGAAGAGCGGAACACACCGUACAAAAAAAUUGACGUUGAUGGGUUUGAGCUUCAUGGCGGAGCACUGCUCUAGGCAGUUUUUGGAGGCACUGGCGAAUCCGGUGCUGAUGAGCGCGAUGAAGCAUUUGGCAGUUAAUCAUUAUUCAAAAAAACACAAGACGUUUACGAGCGAGGUGGGUCUAUUGGCAGCUCAGGCCAUCGAGGAGUGGUCUAGGAGGUGCCCGGGCGAUCCUGGAAGCCCGUCCGCUUUCUCGAAGACGCACGAGCGGCUGUUGAAGAAGGACGUGGUCAUUCCGCCGAAGAAGCUCUCCAGGGGUGAGAGCAGAGCUCGCACCAGCAGAGAAGAGGACGUGAAUUUCCCCAAGGACGUGUCAGAGAGUUUGAAGAGCGCGUCGGACACGAUAGAGCUGGUUCGAUCCGUAAUGAUGCAGGAAAGAAGGGAGUCCGAACCUGCUUUUCAGGAGCUGUUGAAGGGACUGAUGGAGGAGUUGAGGACCGCUAAGAAGAGACUGGCGAGCCAAACUGAAGAACACGUGAAGAAUGAGAUAGCAUUAUUCUUCUUGUUGGAGAGCAUCGAUUCGAUAGACACCAUGAUGGAACAAUGCAAAAAAGCGUCGACGAGCGAAUCUCCUGAAUCAGCAAAAAAUGAGCAAGAAAGCAAGCCCAUCUACAUAAAAGCUAAUAGAAAUUCCGGCCGCCACUCACUAGAUUUCGGACAGCAGGACUAUUAUAUGGCGGAACAAGAUCUGUACGAAAGCCAGCAGCUGAAUCAGGAAUUCGACGAAUAUCCCUCUUUCUACGACGACAACACGUUAGUUUUGAACAACGUACCUUCACCUCUGAGUCCCGCCGCCAUUCUUCCGUCUUCUGUGCACGCUCAAAUUGAAUCUACGUCUCCGUCCGUUUUGUACAGAGCAUAUAACUCUCCGAGCAACAAUUCAAUCUCUUCGCCCCCGAUAAUUCAAAAACAGAACUUACUUCCACCAAACCUACAUUUGCAGCAAAACUUCAUUGACUUUCUACCUUCCCGCCCUUUCUCCGAGCUGCCACCUCGUCAGUCCCCCUGGAAUCCGUUCACUCAGCUGGAAAAUGGGCCUUGUACCACCCAGUCGUCGCUGCUCGACGCCCCCCUCGUCCCCUCCAUCUCCCAGCCCUCCGCCCAGCUCGCGAGGAAUCCCUCCCUCCCCCCGUCAAAAUCCGACGGUCCCAUGCGCUAUCUGUUGAACCGCCCGGCUCUCGAUUGGCCUCGCGAAUGCACGCGCGACAAAUUCAGCUAAAAAAAAAAAGCGGGCCGUGCAGCCCCCUUCCCCCCCCUCUCUAACAAUUGAAACCACCCUCUUGCGAGCGAAGGGACCGUACGAGCUCAGCGACCCCACAAAAGCCCCCUGCAACCGAGCGUGGCACGUAAAAAAAAAAAGAGGGAUGCACCACUCGCUUUUGCUGUACAUACCCCUCUAUACAGGACAGCUAUGUGUGCCUCGUGCGACCCUGUUUUCCUACAAUUUUUUUUUAU